GACGAAAGAAUGAAGAAGUACAGAGAUACCGCUCUAGAGUUGCUUAAGAGUUUCACCGCAUAUAGUGUGGAGCAGAUCCCUCGGGCGGAGAAUGCCGAGGCGGAUAUCUUGUCAAAGCUGAACUCGGACACGCCCGAGCAUAUCAGGCGGAUGGCGAACGUGGAAGAGUUGUCCGAGCCGAGCAUCCAUGCCUUCCCCGUGGCGAUGAUCUGUGCUCGGCCGAGAGAUUGGAUGGACGACAUAGUUGCCUUCUUGAAGGAUGGCGCCCUCCCGGACGAUGCAGUAAAGGCCAAGUUGGUCCGCACUAGGGCAUCGGGGUACACUUUGGAGGGCCGAAACUAUACAAGUGAGCGCAAAUCUUUUCGGUUGAACUCAAUGGAAUGAAGUUUUUGCGAAAAGAGCUCGCUUGAACACCCGUGCUCAGCGCUCCUCCGCAGGAGGAAGACCGAAUGCAGACCAUACCCGGAUGUUCUUCCCGGA